CUUUGUAACCUGCUUCUGUAUGUUGUAACACUGGUAGACAGGUAGAACGAUUUGUUUUCUAAUCAUGACUAAUGUUUCUGUUGUAAGAAUUUUCACUCUCUCAGGGAUAGAUGAGACACUAAAUUACAGAAUUUCUAUUUUUUCACUCACUUUACUGUAUUAUUGUGUGGUUUUGUUUUUAAAUAUCUCUGUCAUCAUGAUCAUAAUCUUAGAUGAAAACAUGCAUGAACCUAUGUACAUCUUAUUGUGCAGUUUUUGCAUGAAUGGACUUCAAGGAACCACAGGUUUCUACCCCAAAUUCCUCUUAGAUCUGCUGUCCUCUUCUCAAGAAAUCUCAUAUGAAGGAUGCUUUAUACAGGCUUUUAUCAUACACUCAUUUCUUUGCUGUGAUUUGUCAAUUUUAGCAGUUAUGGCUUAUGACAGAUAUCUGGCUAUAUGUCGACCACUGCACUACCACUCUUUCAUGACAAAGUGGAGGUUGUCUCUGCUGGUAUGUUUCUCCUGGAUGACACCUUUCUGCAUUUCCUCCAUAAAUAUUGUGCUCACUUCAAGACUAAAGUUAUGUAGUACAUAUAUUCACAGACUAUUUUGUGUCAACUGGAUGAUUGUUAAACUUGCUUGCCCUGAAGCUGACACUUUCUCAAACAAUGUAGUUACAUAUACCAUAAUUUUCAUGUAUGUGUCUCAUGGCCUUUUCAUAUUUUGGACUUAUAUGCAUCUUAUUAGAACUUGUGUGAGGUCCAAAGAUGACAGGGUGAAGUUUAUGCAGACAUGUGUGCCUCAUUUUACCUCUCUAGUCACUUUCUUGGUUGUAGUACUUUUUGAUUUGAUGCAUAUGCGAUUUGGUUCCACAGAUUUACCUCAAAGCUUUCAAAACUUCAUCCAUAUAGAAUUACUGCUGAUUCCUCCUGUUAUUAAUCCUCUAAUAUAUGGAUUUAAACUGACCAAAAUACGAAACAGAAUUCUUGACUUAGUUUAUACUGAAAAUUACUUUUCCAUUAAGUUUAAUCUCUAGUUCAAUUUAAUAGGAAAACAAUAAUAAAAAGCGUUUUUGCUUUAAGAUAUAUAUGUAUGAUCUCUGUUUUAAGGUUUUCCAGAAAAUGUAUGCAGAAUGACCCAAUCUGUUGUCUGGACAUGACGGAUAAAUACAGGCCCUCAGUAUAUGUUUUUUAUGUUUGAUUAACAAAGGGUGUUAAAAAUGUAUAAAUGCACUAAAACCACCACCCAGCUGUGGCUUAGUAGCCUGUUUGCACUACUGACAUUACUGUAUUUGUACUGUUUUAGGCUUCAGCCUAAUCAUAAUUUUAACUACAGUAAGCUAUAUUUAUAUACAGCACUGUACUGUAUUUGAAUUAUACACAGUAGAGUAACUGAAGUUGUACAUUAACUUGAAAAACGGUUAGAACAUCUGUAGCGUCCUGUAUUUCGAA